AUGGCCAAGCUGGAGCUAGAGUCGGAGACAGAGCCAGAGAAGCUCUGCUGCAAGCGUUGCAAGAGGCAGCUUUCAAUUGGACUAAUCCUCUGUCAGCUGCUGACUCUGGCAGCUCUGCUGCUGUGCACAACACAUGCACGACCGCAAGGACCUGCCACGGAGCCAAUCAAGAUAAUACGACAGGAUCAGGAGGUGAACUUCGAUGGCUCCUACAAGUAUGGCUAUGAGACCGAAAAUGGCAUUAAUGUGGAGGAGGAGGGCUACCUCAAGAAUGCUGGCACCGACAAUGCAGGACCGGUCGCUCAGGGCUUCUUCUCCUACACCGCGCCCGAUGGCACACCCAUACGGAUUACCUAUGUGGCCGAUGAGAACGGCUUCCAGCCGCAGGGCGAUCAUCUACCCACAGCUCCGCCCAUACCACCAGCCAUACAGCGGGCCUUGGAUUACAUAGCCACAGCACCACCGCCACCCGCUGAGCAGCAGAGCGCCUACACCGCACGCCGGGGCUAA